AUGGACAAGUCCCCCGCAGCCAUCACCAAUGUGAGCAGGAGCGAGAGUCCCCUGGAUGGCAUCUGCCUCAGUGAAUCCGAGAAGACGGCUGUGCUCACGCUCAUCAGAGAGGAGAUAAUCACAAAGGAGAUCGAAGCAAACGAGUGGAAGAAGAAAUAUGAAGAAAGCCGCCAGGAAGUCUUAGAGAUGAGGAAAAUCGUGGCUGAGUAUGAGAAGACCAUUGCCCAGAUGAUAGAGGAUGAGCAGAGGACAAACAUGACGUCUCAGAAGAACCUGCAGCAGCUCACGAUGGAAAAGGACCAGGCGCUGGCAGACCUAAACUCGGUGGAGAGGUCCCUGUCAGAUCUCUUCAGGAGAUAUGAAAACCUGAAGGGCGUCCUAGAAGGCUUUAAGAAGAAUGAAGAAGCUCUGAAAAAGUGUGCUCAAGAUUAUUUAGCCCGGGUCAAGCAAGAGGAGCAGCGGUAUCAGGCCCUGAAAGUCCAUGCAGAAGAAAAAUUAGACAAAGCCAAUGAGGAGAUCGCCCAGGUGCGCAUGAAGGCCAAAGCGGAGAGCGCGGCGCUGCACGCCGGGCUGCGCAAGGAGCAGAUGAAGGUGGAGUCCCUGGAGAGAGCCCUCCAGCAGAAGAACCAGGAGAUUGAGGAGCUGACCAAGAUCUGCGAUGAGCUGAUAGCAAAGUUGGGAAAGACAGACUGAGUCUCACCGCCCCUCGUCCAGCACUCUGCACUUGGCCGCUUUUCUCGUAACGUCAAGCACCUUGCCUUAUUGCCCAGGAAAACCCCCCAGCAGAGAAGCACACACGU